UAUGUGCUUGUGAAAAAUAUACAAAUAAUUUUAUUUAUUUAUGAAAAUAAGAAAAAUAUAGUCGAUUAAAAUGUCUUUGGCUACAUUAUGUCGAUUAUGUGUGUGCCCUUUCCACGAUUGCAAGCAAUUAUUUGAUGAAAACGGUCAGUGCAAUGAUGCCUAUGAUAUAGCCACCAAAUAUUUUGACCCAAUGUUAUUAAAUUCCGAACAAGAAUUGAAUUCACCAGUUAUAUGUGCAGAAUGUUGGCAGCACAUCAGUGACUUUUAUAGUUUCCAACAGUCUGUGUAUACGGCACAAUCCAAGUUGGAGGAUGUUAAGCAAAUUGUACCAAUAAUUAAACUAGAGGAAGAACUAAUAGACGAAACAGCUAUAGCAAGCAGUGACCCACAAAGUGAUGCUUUAGUGAAUGAUGAGCUUAAAGAUGAAGAACACAUAUCCGAUGUAGAUACGUUCGAUAUAAGAGAUGACAAUCCCUUUAGUUCAGAUGAUGAGAGACCCCUAUUAGAAAGUAUCAAGAAAGUUACCAGGAAAAAGACAGCUUCGAAGAGAAGUGCUAAUAAAAAGGAUGCAUCCGGAGAAAGCACAGAAAAGGCUAAAACGCCACCAAAGAAAAAAGAAAAACGUAUUAAAAAAGGCACCAAAAGCAAAACAAAGGCAAAAGCUACUGAUAACGAAAUAAAGGCAGAAGCGUCUGAAGAUCCCAAUGAUUCAGCUAAUAAUAAUGAACAAAGUGGCAGCCAAAAUGAAAACGCCUCAUCCAGUGACAAAAUAAGUUACAAUAAACAAAGAACAUUGGAGAAUGAUGCGUAUAUAGCUGCCUGGCGUAGUGAGUUGGAAUGUGAAAUAUGUCAUGCCUCAUUUUCGAACUAUACUCUGUUACGUAAACAUUUUGUCCAAGAACACCCGGGAGAAAAAUUCUAUGUACUAUGUUGUCAACGGAAAUUUACCCAUCGUUUUCAUAUAGUAGAACACAUACGCCUACAUAUGGAUCCCAACGCCUUUAAAUGUGAAAUAUGUGGUCGUUGUAGUACCAACAGCAGAAACUUAACUAAACAUAUACGAGAAUUGCACACUGAGGAGGGAAAACUGCGUCCUUUCGAGUGUUCAGUCUGUCACAAGUCUUUCAUAAACAAGACAGUAUUAAGAAUUCACAUGGAAACGCAUGAAACGAAUCUUACCCACAUAUGUAAGGAGUGCGGCAAAGGAUUUCCCUCCGAGCAAAGGCGAAAUCUACACGAAAAAUCAGUGCACAAUGCUGAUCGAAUUUGCGAUCAGUGCGGCAAAACAUUGCAUGGCCCAUAUGCUCUCAAGAAGCAUCUACUGGAACAUGCUGGCGUGCAAAAGCGUAAAUGGCCCUGUGACCAAUGUGGUGCCGAAUUGCACUCACAUUCUAGUUUAAAAAGACACAAGCUCAUUACACAUCACGAUGGUUCCACAGUGUACGUAUGCAGUGAGUGUGGUAAAGUUGCAACUACGGAAAUGGCAUUACGUAGUCACAAGAAGAAUGUUCAUCAAACUGAGCGCAAAUUCAAAUGUACAAUAUGUGAGAAAAGCUUUAAGUUUGCCAUAGUGCUACGCGAACAUAUGGCUACACAUACAGGCGAAGAUCUCUAUCAAUGUCCACAUUGCACGAAAACAUUCAAGACCAAUGCCAAUAUGCACCAUCAUCGUAAGAAGGCACAUCCUAAAGAGUGGGCAGAGGCUCGUAUGAAUAAACCACAAUCGACAAAGGUUGAUUUUAAUCUGGUACAAAAUGAAGUCGCUGAAAAAUUUAAUAGUUUUAGCUAUCACAACAACAACGUCAUGUGCACUUUGUGUCGCUUAUGUCUAUGUCCAUUCCAAGAUGAUUGUAAAGAAUUAUUCGAUGCCAGUGGGCAAUGCAAUGAUGCAUACGACAUUGCCAGCAAAUAUUUUGAUCCAAUGUUAUUGAUUUCUGGCCAAGAACAGAACUCUCCAAUUCUAUGCUCAAUUUGCUGGCAGCAUAUUCAGGAUUUCUAUUGUUUCCAGCAAACUGUCUUUGAGGCUCAUUCAAAAUUGGUAGAUGAAAAUGAAAUAAGCUCGGUUGUUAAAGUCGAAGUCGAACAUAUUGAGGAAAAACCGCCAACACCAACUGAUAGCCUAUCCGAUAAGGAACUCAAACAAGAAACACAUAGUUCUGUCAUAGAAAACUAUGAUUUAGAAGAUAAAGAUAUUACAUUUAGUUCGGAUGACGAAAGACCUUUGUUGGAAAGUUUUCAGCAGUUUAGAAAGAAACCUACUGUUAAAAUAAAAUCCAAAGAAACAGUGUCUUUGAUCAAGAGCAAAACUCGAAAGAAACGAGACGGAAGUCGUAAACAGCCAAAGUUAGAAGCCACAGAUUGUACAUUAAAAUCAGAGCUAUCAAAUGAUUCCAAAUUAUCGGAUAAUAAUGACGAUACGUUUAACACAAGCGAUAAAUCAGAUUCUCAGCAAAAAACACUAGAAAAUGAUGCGUUUAUAGCGGCUUGGAGAAAUGAAUUGGAUUGCGUUAAAUGUAAUGCUACAUUUAUGAAUUUUACUUUACUGCGCAAACAUUUUCUUAAAGAUCAUUCAGAUGAAAAGUGCUAUAUUGUAUGUUGUGAUCGCAAAUUUCGUAGCAGGUAUCACAUAGUCGAGCAUAUACGCUUACAUAUGGAUCCAAAUGCAUAUCGCUGUGAUGUAUGUGGUAGAUGUAGUACCAACAGUAGAAAUUUGGCCAAACAUAUUAAAGAACUACACAGUGAGGAGGGUAAACAGCGUAGCUUGGAGUGCCCGACUUGUUUAAAGAUUUUGGCCAAUAAGAAUUCAUUGAGAGUUCACAUGGAAACGCAUGAGACCAAUUUAACAUACAUUUGCCGGGAAUGUGGCAAGGGUUUCCCUUCCGAACAAAAACGCACACUACACGAACGUUAUGUUCACAAUGCCACACUUAUUUGUGAUCAGUGCGGCAAAACACUACAUAAUCACUAUGCCAUGAGACAACAUCUUCUGCAGCAUGCCGGUGUUCAAAAACGUAAAUGGCCCUGUGAUAUGUGUAAUGCAGAAUUGAAUUCACGCUCCGGCCUGAAACGCCAUAAACAGCUUAUACAUCAGGAUGGCUCUACCGUGUAUGUCUGCAGUGAUUGUGGUAAAGUUGCUACCACCGAAAUAGCUCUUCUAACGCACAAACGAAAUGUACAUCUAUCGGGACGCAAACAUAAAUGUACACUCUGCGAUAAAGCCUUUAAAUUUCCUAGAGUUUUGAGGGAGCAUAUGGCAACGCACACAGGUGAAGAUCUGUAUCAGUGUCCCCAUUGUGAAAGAACAUUUAAGACAAAUGCCAAUAUGCAUCAUCAUCGUAAGAAGGCGCAUCCUCAGGAAUGGGCGGAGGGCCGAUUAAAUAGACCUCAAGUAACAAAAGUUGAUUUUAAUUUGGUGCAAAAUGAAAUUGUUAUAUAAGUUAAAAAUUAGUAGUAUAAUAUGUAUAAUAAAAUUUAUAAUACUGCA